UUGGAUAAGUGAAGGCAGGCCCAACCUUGAGCUUCGGAGAAACGACCAUCUCCUCCUCCUUUCGUUUUAAUCUCAAAAGCUUCUCCCUCAAAAUUAAUUACCCCUACUAAAAAUGGAAGGUACUCUUAGCUUCAGGAGUUGCUCUCAGGCUCAGCUCCCCUUACAACCAACUUCUUUCCCUCCUCAAUUCCCCAACAAGUUCCAAUUCUUGAGAGUACAGAAAACGAAGCCUUUGAGCUCGCCGCAGUGUUAUCAGAGCCGUCGUUUGGUGAUUAGGAAGGCGUUGGGGACGGGCGAUAAUGGGCACUUUGAUGAUUUUCCAGUUACACCUAACAAGAUUUUUAUGGAAGAGGCAAUUGGUGCCGAAUACGGAGAAGGUUUUGAGACAUUUAGACCCAAUGGAAUGCUCAAAGUUGAUGUGGAUUUCUUAAAUGAUAGACUGCAAGCAGGUUUCCUCCAAAGAAUCCGUUAUGCGAUGAAGCCUGAUGAAGCUUACGGCCUCAUUUUCUCUUGGGAUAAUGUGGUGGCAGAUUCUGGAGCUCUGAAGUUGGAUGCGUGGAAUCAACUUGCCUCUGAAGAAGGAUUAGAGAUUCCUGAAGAUUAUAACGUGCAGCGGCUGUUACUUUAUGCAGAUGCUGAUCAGGUUCUAGAUAAGGUGCUGCUGAGGGAGAAGAAGGAAGCUGAUCGAGAUCGAUUGAAGACGAGGCUUUCCCAAAUCUAUUAUGACAAUCUUCUCAAAAUUUCAGAACCAAUUGAAGGGUUGAAGGAAUGGUUGGAUGCUGUAUCAACUGCCCGUAUCCCUUGCGCUGUUGUGUCAAGUCUUGAUCGCAGAAAUAUGGUUGAAGCCUUAGAGCGCAUGGGGCUCAUGAAGUACUUCCAGGCAAUUGUGACAGAGGAGGAUGGAAUGGAGUCCAUAGCACAUAGAUUCCUUUCUGCAGCUGUAAAGCUGGACAGAAAGCCAUCAAAGUGUGUGGUGUUUGAGGAUGAUCCUAGGGGGAUAACUGCUGCUCAUAACUGUACAAUGAUGGCUGUAGCACUUAUUGGUGCCCACCCAGCGUACGAUUUAGGGCAAGCUGACCUUGCUGUAGGUAGCUUCAGUGAGCUUUCUGUGAUCAAUCUCAGGAGACUACUAUAUGCACAUAAAGGCUCCAACUUUAUGGACCUACAGAAGCAAAUAGUGGAAAAAACACCUCGCAGAAGGAAGCUUACAAUUGACACCAUUUUCUAAUCAAGUUCCAUACAAGUCUUCCUCCUUUUCCUACUUGUAAAUGGCCUUUUUAGUGUAUAAUCUAUAGAUCAUGCCGUCUCUUGCCUUCAUUCAUUCUUUAGGUAAAAUGUAGCUGGCAGAAGAUGAUUUACCUUGGGGGUAAUCGGAAAUUCAGAAAUCCUA